AUGCGUUUUCACAGAUUGCUCGACUUUGCGCUUUUAGUUACCACGUUGGCAGUUCCAGCGCAGCAACACAGGCAUGACGAUACCCACAAGGUCGAAGACCAUCAUCACAAGCAUGAAGGCACGAAGCGAAAGAGGCAGUGUUGCGACAACCUGAACCAGCCUGGCAUCUAUGACUAUAUUGUCGUAGGAAGUGGUCCAGGUGGCGGACCAGUCGCUUCCCGACUUGCUCGCGCCGGUUUCAGCGUUUUGCUUAUCGAAGCUGGCACCGAUACAAGCGGGUACCAGGACGUCCAAGUACCAUCCUUCCAUCCUCGAGCCUCCGAGUUGCCCAGGCAGCUAUGGGCGUAUUUUGUGGAACGUUACGAAGAUCCAGUACAGCAGCUGCGCGACACCAAACAGGUCUAUUUGGUUCCAGAUGAUCCUUCCUACUACGGGGCUCCAUUCACGGGUGCUGGACACUGUCCUCCCGACCCUUUUGGAAUCACCUAUGUCCUGCCAAACGGCCGUUACUACACAGGCCAAUAUCCUCCUCCUGGGGCAAUACGUCUUGGUCUGCUCUACGCACGAGGGUCUGCGCUCGGAGGUAGCACGCAAAUGUCCGCAAUGGCCAUGGUCACACCUCACGAGGAGGACUGGGUGGGUCUUGGUGAGGUGACGGGUAAUAUUUCCACGUUCGAUCCUCAUAUGAUGCGUGAAUACUUCGUCAAACUGGAGAACUGCAAGUACUUCCUCAACAGCGUACUCGGCCAUGGCUUCAAUGGGUGGCUGGACAUUUCGCUGACGCCUCUUACACUGGUGCUUCGCGAUUUGAAGCUUGCGUCUUUGAUCGCCGCAGCUGCGUUGGCCGUAGGCAAGGCUGGAGGCUUUCUUGGAGAAUUGCUCACGAGUAUAAGCGUCUUUGCGAACAUCUUAGCAGCUGAUCUCAACGCGCCCGGUCUCAGUAGAGAUUACGCCGCCGACGUCUGGCAAGUACCAAAUGCGGUCAGCCCGGAUAGGCACAGCAUCAGAAGUGGUGUCAUCGACUUGAUUCGCUCUACUGUACAAGAAGGCUACCCUCUCUAUGUCCAGCUCGAUACCAUGGUGACGAAAGUUCUCAUGGAUACCAGCGGCCCCAUCCCUCGAGCCUACGGAGUUCAGUAUGAAUAUGGUCCGAACUUGGCCUACAUGUCAACACUGUCAACGAAACAGCAUGGUAUUCCUGGCUAUGCGUACGCAAGAUACGAUGUGAUUCUUUCGGGCGGCGUGUUCGAAACACCGAAACUUCUCAAACUUAGCGGUAUUGGGCCAGCGGAGGAGCUGAGCUAUUGGGGCAUACCUGUCAUCGCGAACCUUCCGGGAGUCGGUGCUAAUAUGCAAGAUCGUUACGAGCUUGGUUCUGUUGGCCUUGCGACAACGCCAUUUGCGGCGUUUAAGGAUUGCAGGUACUCUGUCGAGCCAGAUCCGUGCUUGGAUGAAUACAGAGCCGGCACAAAUCCGGUCGACCAAGGGCCUUACGUGAGUAAUGGAUUGGCGGUCGGCACAACCCUGAGCACGUCAGUCAACGAUGGCCCAACACCAGAUAUCUUCAUUGUCGCAGUGCCAGCGUACUUUGCGGGCUAUUACCCUGGCUAUGCUACCUGUGCAACACUCGAUGCCCUUCACUGGACAUUCGUGAUCCUGAAGAUGAAGAGUCGUAAUAAUGCUGGCUAUGUUCGUCUUCGCUCAUUGGACCCUCUUGAUCAAGCCGAAAUCCAAUUUAACAACUUCGCAAUCGGUGGCGACCUGGACGCACAAGCUGUCGCAGAGGGAAUUCAGCGCGCUAGAGACAUCUACGACAGUGUUAUCCCACUGGACGGCACUUUGACUGAAGUCGUCCCCGGUCUCCAAUAUCAAGGAGCAGCUCUCAUCCAAUACAUCCGCGACAACGCCUGGGGCCACCACGCCUGCUGCACGGCCAGACUCGGCGCCUACGGCGAUCCUUUUGCAGUGGUAGACUUCGACUUCCGCGUGAUGGGCGUUUCCGGCCUGCGCAUCGUCGACGGUUCCGUCUGGGCAAAAUCCAUAGGUUACUACCCCACGGUUCCGCUGUACAUGCUGAGCGAGCGGGCUGCCGACGUCAUUCUUGGACAACAAUCAGUGCCUCUGGGCCUGAACGACUUGAACAAUUUCGAAGCCGGUGGUCCCGUCGGCACAUUUGCUGCAGCGCUUGUGGGAACAGUGGGCGGACUUGCUGGUAUGGGCGGUGACUCUGGGCAAGGUACAGGACUUUUGAACGGGCUGAAGGGUAUCUUGGGUAAACGAUGGAACGCAUUCAGCCCUGCUGCAUCCAAGCAAUAA